CUAUGGGUUGGAAUGCCAGCAUGGUAUGUUGCAGCUUGUGAAGCAAAUAUUAAAUCUGGUGCAAUGCUUGCCUCUUUAUCUGAACAAGAUAUUCAAAGAGAGUUAGCUGUACAUGAAAUGCUUGCAUUUACUGCAUCAUUAACAGGUACAACGACGAAUCCAAUUAAAAAUGGUGAAACAUCUACCUCUAUGAAACAAUUACACUUAGCUUCCCCACUUAUAAAG